AUGGAAGAAUCUUUGAUUCAAGAUGAACCAAUUAAAAGGAGCAUAAAAAUAGUUAUAGAUUCCAUUGAAAACAUUACUGUGAAAGAAGAAACUGGCAUAUCGUUUAUCGUGAUACAUAAUGACGUAGUGCUCGGAGAAAGUACUCCUCUCAUUAUCGAUCCGGGUUUCAAGGAACCACCGCAAGUUUACGACGUCAACUUCGAGGUCGAAUUUUUAUUUAUAGUUAACCACAACAAUAUAGGUUCGAUCGUAUCCACGCCGAUUUUAAUAAAAGUAACGAGUGAUGUCCAAGAUCAACAUGUACCUGAUUCUGACAGAUCAGUUACGGAAUCCAAGCCGAAAAUAACAGCGAACGUUCCACAGCAAAUGUCGACUUCAUCAAGCGUAAUUGGUUUUUGCACUCUCGAUCUAAUGCCGAUAUUACUAGGUGAAAAAUUGCUCGUUGAAAGAUUAAUAGUGCAAACGCCACAUCUUUCGUUUGAUGGCAAGGCGAUCUCGUGGCAAAAUCUUCCUUUAUUAAACGCGACAGUAAUAUAUGAUGACAAGGAGAUAUUUUCUUCGCAAGCAGAAAUUAAUUUCCUAAGUAUUACGGUGGAAAGUAUCUACAAUCCACCAACUUUUUUUACCGAAGAUGCGGAUUAUAAAGCGGGCACGAUAAUAUAUGUUGACAAUAAGCUUUCGGAAAAUGUAAAAUUCGAAGAUGGUAAAUGGACAAAAUAUCGUGAUCUGGAGAGAACUAAACGAUGGCGAAGCUUAUCAAAGUUACAGAGUCGCGCUAGAUUGUCGAAGUAUAAACUCGAUUACGAUUACGCACAUAUAAAAAACAUGCUCGACGUAGAACUCGACUUACAAAGGAAGGUAUGCCAGGACGAGCCUAGAAUCGAAUGGAACUUUAUGAAUCGCAGUAUAUUGUGGGAUGUAGGAAGCGAAAUGAUGAAGAAGCAUCUUGUCAAGUAUAAAUAUUGGCCAUUCCAAUUUAUGGUAAGCAAAAAGAUCACGGAAAAGAGCAACAUUAAACAAAACGUAGAAGAAUUGAGUGAAUAUCAACUUUUUCAGUGUUACGUCGAUUUAUCAGAACUUGUUUUUCCAGGAAUAAAAAGCACUCAUGUAAUUGCGCAAUUGUACACGCAUGAUGCAUCGAGUAUAGCCGAGAAGACUGGUUUAGAAAAAGAUAUUUUUUAUAUAGAACCUCGGAGUAAAAAUUUAAAAGAACAAGAACUAGAGAAGACGGGUAUCGAAACAACAGAAAGUAGUCCGUUAAUUUCGGAAACUGGCGAGCCUGUGUUUGUCAUAAUCGAGGUCAAGCUUUUUUAUCCACUUGUUCCUUGUAGACUUGAAAGUGACUUUUCAGACAUAAUCGAGGAGAUGAUGAAGUCGAAAGAAAUUAAGUCGCAUUACAUUUAUUCUCUCGAUUUAGCGGAACAGCAAUAUGCAACUUGUAUUCGGAAAAUAGUGGAGAUUAUAACGGAAAGUUACAGAGAUGAGCUAACUUGUUUCACGCAAUAUCUGUACAAAACUGGCACGUACUUAAAGAUACGCAGCACUUUGAAGCUGAAAGUGAUCACGUUGCUGGAUCAAAAAUUCAAGACAAACAUGAAUACUGUACACUCCAUUGACAGCCAGAAUUUUAUAGCAUCCGUAUAUACGUAUGUCGUCGAACAAAUGCAUCUGGCCAUCAACAAAAUCGUCGAAAGCCGCCUUGAAGACGAUGAUUCGCUGAGCACUGUAAAACCUAAAAAAUUAUUUUUCUAUGCUGAAGAGGCUUAUGAAUUAGGUCAUAUAGAUGAUGCAAGACGACAUUAUCAGACUGCAAUCGCGGCAAAUAGACAUGAUGUCGAAGUGUGGACCAAAUUUGCGACUUUUCUCUUGAAAAUUAGCGAUACGGAACGCGCAAGGGAGUGUUGUCGUAAAGCGAUUCUUUUGAACAGACGAGAUAAAUUCGCGUACGUAAAAAUACUAAAUAUUUUUCUCCGCAGUUUAUUGACAUUCGGAUUGAUCCUCGCGGAAGAUCAGGAUUAUCGAGAAGCAGAAAUCUUUCUGAGAGCUGUUACUGAUUUUUAUCCUCGAUUUAUUGAAGGAUGGAUUAUCUUACAUCUUUUUUACACACGCACAAAUUAUAGUCCAGGGAUGAAUUUUACGUUACGAAUAGCGGAAGAAAGUUUGAGAAACGGCGAUAAAGAGACGGAGAUUUCAAGCGAAGAUCCUCUCGCUUGGACAAUGAUUCACUGUCCAGAAGAUAACGUGUAUAUGAUAACAGCCACACUCCUACUAAAACUGCAUUUCUGCGAUUUUGUUGACUUAGCGUUGGAGAAAGAAAUAUCUCGAGCAGGCAGAUCCACCCAUGUUCUAUAUUAUUUAGCCGUGCGAUGUUACUUAUCACAGCAAUACGAAGAAGCUUUAUCGUAUUUGAAAGAAGCCGAAAGUAUUUAUGGAUUGGAUUAUUCUAUAGGUAGUUUAAUGGGACAUUGUCAUUUUCAAGAGGGUAAUUUCGCAGAUGCUAUUCAUUGCUACGAGUUCGUCAAUUCAAUGCUUAACAGACCGGACGAUUUGCAUCUCGUACAAACCAGAAUGGGACUGCAUUACGAAAAUGCUGGUAAUUACGAGCGUGGAUUAAAAGUAUUCCUUUCUGCAUGCAAAACUUCACCCACAGCGGAAACGUGGCUUGGAGCAGGAAUCGCCUUUUUUGAGUUAAAACGAUUCACGGAAGCCGAGAUGGCUUUAUCGGAGGCGAAUCGGAUCGAUAAUCGUAACGUGACUGUUUGGAAAUAUCUAUGUCUAUUAAACAUGUCUUUACAACGUGACGACGAAUUCGCUCAGUGUUAUGAACAAAUCACCCAGUACACUCUUGUUAUAUUUUGUCUGCUUAAUGUAGCGAUAUUUACGACAAUUAGCUGCAAUGAAUCAAGCAGUGCAAUGCGUCAUUCAGUUUUAAAAAAAGAUGACGUUCCGCGGAUCAAAAUAAAGGUGUUUCGAGGUCCAACGCAGGAAGAGAAUGACGAAUAUUUCGCUACUUGGGGAUAUUGGAUUCAACAACCCAGCAGAUAAGUCGAUGUGGCAAUUUUUCUGAUUUUACUUCCUCUUUAUCAUUUAUAUGUAACAAUGAAAUAAAUAUUUCUUUUCCAAUGGGCGUAAAAUAAUAAUAAUAAUAUGUAUCGAAUAAUAUGUAUCGAAAGAUUAAA